UCAGCACGAUACACUGAAUAAAGACAGAGCAUAUGAUCCAUGUUCCUGCCAAAAGAAAGAUUUUUUUUCUCUUCUUUAGAGGAUCCAAUAGCACCACGUAUGCCUUAAACUGAAGCAAGUGUAUAUGCGACCAAUAUGGCAAUGAUGGGUAUAUGACAUGCCAGCACAACCGAUAUGGCAAUGGGCUCCAAGGAUCAAAUUUUGGCAAUGAUGAGACACGACGUAAAAGGAAACUCUGCGUCCCAAUCAACAGAGUCAAGGUGGUUGGUUUGUUCAGUUACACGUUGCUCGCUACUAAAACUUUGCCACCUAUGCUUCGGCACAUCCGACAAACACUCGACCGGUCGGCGUCCACGAUCGAUUCAUACUGGAUUUGUUCCAUCCUCCCUAGAGUCCAGGCUUCUCUUCAAAGUUUAAAAGUCGGGCCUCUACCACACAAGCAGCAACACGGCAUCACCAAAUUAACAUAAGGAGCUGCAUGCUGUUAUCCUCCGAUUUAAGAAACAAAAUGGCCAUCUCGCUCAGCUUGGAGCUCCUCUCCCUAUCCCAGCAAUGGCAGCUCCUCCUAGCACUCCUUCCGGCCAUCUCCCUCGUGUUCUUGACGAGGAGACUGAGCAGAAAAAGGAUCAGGCUGCCGCCAGGCCCAGCCGAGGCGCCGAUCCUGGGGAACCUGCACCAGCUAGGCCAGCUGCCGCACCGGAGCUUACGGGACCUGGCGUGGCGGCACAGGCCGGUGAUGCAGCUGCAGCUCGGCACGGUGCCGACGGUGGUGGUGUCGUCGGCUGAGGCAGCGCGGGAGGUGAUGAAGACGCACGACGAGGAUUGUUGCACCCGGCCCGUGUCCCCAGGGAUGAAGAGACUGUCCUAUGGCCUCAACAAUGUCGGGUUUGCACCCUAUGGCGCCUACUGGCAGGCGAUGCGCAAGUUCCUCAUGGUCGAACUCUUCGGCGUGCGGCACACCAAGGCCACAUGGCACGCACGUCAGCACCAGGUGGAGAAACUGAUGAGCACCUUGAGCGGCUUGGCCGGAGAGGCCGUAGCCCUCAAGGAGCACAUCUUCAGACUCGCCGACGACAUCAUUGGCAUGCUGGGGUUUGGCGACAUGUACAACAGCGACAAGUUCCCACAGCACAAGAACUUGGAGCACGUGCUCGAGGAGGCCACACACGCGCAGGCCAGCUUUUCCGCCGAGGACUACUUCCCCAACAUUGUCGGCCGCCUAGUCGACCGAAUCACCGGCCUCGCUGCUCGCCGCGAGCGGAUCUUCAAGCAGCUUGAUACCUUCUUUGAGAUCAUCAUUGAGCAGCAUCUUGACCCUCGACACGUCAAGCCUCACAAUGGCGACCUCGUUGACCGCCUCAUUGGCCUCUGGAAGGACAAAAGUGGCACCCUCAGCAUCACGAGAGACCACGUCAAGGGCAUCAUCUUUGGCACGUUCAUUGGUGGCUCGGACACGGCCUCGGUGACGAUCCUAUGGGCGAUGGCGGAGCUGAUUCGGAAGCCACGACUACUGAAGAAGGUGCAAAACGAGAUCAGGGGCGUGGUGGGUAGCAAUGAGAGGGUGUGCCAGGAUGACAUGGCCAAGCUGGGCUACCUCAAGAGGGUGGUCAAGGAGACCCUACGGCUGCACCCGCCAGCGACAAUGUUGCUGCCGAGGGAGGCCAUGAGGGACAUCCAAAUUGGCGGCUAUGAUGUGCCGGCCAAGACACGGAUCUAUGUGAACGCAUGGGCCAUUGGCAGGGACCCGACAAGCUGGCCUGAUGACCCAGAGGAGUUCAAGCCAGAGAGGUUUGAGACGAGCGAGAUAGACUUCAAGGGCGCACAUUUCGAGCUAACGCCAUUUGGCGCGGGCCGGCGGAUAUGCCCCGCGCUGUCUAUGAGCACGGCAACCGUGGAGUUCACGCUGGCCAACUUGUUGUACUGCUUUGAGUGGGCGCUCCCCGAGGGGACUGUAGUAAGCAUGGAGGAGGAAGGCAAGCUCAUCCCCCUCCUCAAGACACGGCUCGUGCUGGUGCCCACCGCGUACCGGCGGCUGGCCGCUGAGCUCCUGUCAAAAUUAAUAUGCUCCCAGCUAGGCAGCUAUAGGGUAAUUAAGCAUGUGAUCGUAUCACUACUAAAAUAUCAAGUUCAGUUUGCACUACCCAUCUACCUCACCUUCAAACACAGUAUAUUAAUUGGAAUAAAAUUGGCACCUGUACGCGUGUCUAUAUGCAUGGUUGCUUGGUAA